CCAGGUUAACGAGGCUCACAUUGCAAGUCUGGAGUGGUUUUGCUCUCUAGAGAAACCCCUUUCUCCUAGAUGGGAAUAAAUACCUGAUGUUUGGAUGGGUCAGUAGGUCCAGAAGCAUCUGCCUGCUCUUCUGGCAGGCUGGCUCUUGCCUCGCUGGGGUUGGAAGAUCCUUUUCUGGGGUUUUUCAGCCCGCGUGCAGAAAGAGAUGAGCAGGUCUGCCAAACCAACCACUAAAUGUCACCCGGUGCCUUUGUAGCUCUGUUUUCUAUAACUUUGGGGUUGUGUUUCCUUUCCCACCUUUCCUGCCCUCCAAUUAGUUUAGUCGCAUCCCGGUUUCCAAAGGGACAAUCUGAGUGUCUCUUGGAAGUGACUUCUUGAAGAGAAGGAGUGAAGGAAGACCAAAUAGAUUUCUUGAGUUGUUUGGAACAUUUUCCGUCCUUUCCCCUCAAAGGGCUCAUUUCUAACCCUUUGUGUCCAAAGAGACUCCCAGGCUUUUUGGCACUUGCUUGCUCCACAGAGCAGAGAAACAGUGGUGUGCUCCAAACCUGGGCUGAAAAAACACUGGGCUUACAGAGAAAUUGGUAACAGGGAGCAGGUGGCGAUGCUGGAAUAGGUUUGGGUGGGGAGUGGCAGUGACCAAGGCUGGAAAACACCUUCCAAGUGCCUGAAGGGAGGAGGUAAGGGUGGAAAGGACCUGGUUUUGUUUUAUUUGCUAAGAAUCACAACUCUGACGAUCCUACUAGGAAUAUUCUGGGAGAUCGCAGAGUUAAAAGUGUCUUGUUUGGGAGACUUUAGUACCUUAGAAGAAUAUGGCUCAGCUUUGAGUAGAAAAGGCUUCUUGCUACUAUCAGAUGUUUCUUCCCUUGAUGUGAGCUCAUUUUCCCUGGCUUAAUUCAGCAGAAGCUACGUCAAGUUUCACUUUUGGGCUGGCCGGCACGUCGAACGCUCUAUUUUGCAAUCUUACUCUGCAUGCCGAGCGUUCGGAGGCUCGCGCUUCUCCUCGCAGACCUCUCACUUGGACAGGAGCUUGCAAAGCUGAGCUGGAGGAGUGAAAAACCUCAGAGAAAUCAGAUUUACUGACUGCUGGGUUGCCACCGUUCGAGCGAGGUGGUCCUCUCACCUCUCCUGCUAUGGCUGGGGAAAUUAUUUAUGCUGACCUGGAUGUUGGUCCCGCAAAACGCUGCAGGGAACAGCAUUCACUUCCUCAGCCCGACAGAUCGGGCUGUCCCCAGCGGUACCGAACUGCUCUCUGGGCCAGCUGUCUCGGAAACCUCCUCCUCGGAGUGGCGGUGUUAGCGAUGGGACUUUGGCUUUCAGUUUUCCACCAGCAGUUGGGGAACUCAGGAAGCCACAGAAACGUGAGCGGGAACGUAGGAGAUGGCAACACCACCCUGGAGAAAGGCUGCUUGGAGCUGAGGAAAAGUCUCUGCUUGUCACAGUUGCAAGAGGGUGAGGGGUGCAAGCUCUGCCCCACGGGCUGGAUGCUGCACGGGAGCAAGUGUUACUGGGUUACCGACAUGAUCAAGUCGUGGAGCAAGAGCCAGGACGACUGCAGGAAUCGGGGGGCCGAGCUGGUGAUGCCGGGGGACCAGGAAGAGCUGGCUUUCCUAAACAAAAUCCUGCAGAAACCCAAACGCUACUUCUGGAUCGGCCUCUCCAUCCCCUCCGCCGGGAAGGGCUGGACCUGGCUGAACGGCUCCCGCCUGGACCAGAGCCGGUUCCCGUUGAGCCCCUGGGAUGAAGGCAGAAGGUGCGGGGUGCUGAGGGGGGACAGGAUUCAUCUCCGAAAACUGCAGCUCGGGAUUGCAGGGGAUCUGCCAGAAAGAAGCCACCCAGCUCUGAGCCGGGGGGGCCACAAGCUGGUCUGUGGCCGGGAGAGACGCUCGGGGACGGGCCACGAUCAGGCCCUCGAGGUGCCUGGGCAUAGAGGCGAAAGGACACACAGAAGAGCUCUGGGCAGGUGCUGCGCUCUCCCUCCAGCGUAUGGCCUGGUGGUGGCUGUGCUCGUGGCUGUGAUCCUGGCUUUGGCCAUUGCUCUUGCUGUACAGUCGGCAGGCAGACGUGAAGGUCAUCUAGCUCCGGUGCUGGGUUGUCCUGACAACUGGGUUGGGUACCGCAACGUCUGCUACUACCUCUCGACGGAGGAGGGGAGCUGGGUGUGGAGCCAGGAGCAGUGCUCCUCACGUGGGGCCUCGCUGGCUGUGCUCCAGAGGGAGUGGGAAAUGGAGUUUCUCUCGCGCCUCAAAGGCAAAGAUGAUUUCUGGCUUGGGCUGCGGAGACAGGGCGAGCGCCUGGAGUGGGUGGAUGGCAGCAGCUUCACCCAGAUGAUCCUGGUGCGGGGCCAAGGAGCGUGUCUGUAUUUGAAUGACAAUGCUUUAGUGAGUUCAAGCUGCUCACAGCAACGGCCAUAUAUGUGCAGCAAGCACUAUGCUCAGAGUGACAGAGAAGACCUUCUCGUGCUGAGCACUCACAGCUUCACCUCGUCCGCCAGCGCAGGCAGGGACUGGCCAGUCACACCCGCUUUUGUGCGGUAG